GGCAGGAGCGCGGGUUGUUUCGUACAGACCAACGUGAGCCCCGUGUCAGAAAAAUUUGGAGAAAUCGGCUUCGGACAUCCCGCCACUAUUAAAUUUUGGUGGACAUGAUGCACACUUAAUUUAAAUGCUUUUGAGUGGGAGUGGUCAUCACUGCAUUCUUGUGUCUACCUUGGUUGGGUUGUUAUUAGCAUUGGAGCUAUUGGCAGUGUGCGGAGAGAACAAGGCGUCGAUCUCUCUUGGAUAACUUAUUGGCUGAUACCCUUUCAUUAUCAGUGUCCUUUAUUGCAACCACUACCAUACCAUCGGACUUUUGCUUCAUUUCUUGUCCAUCUGUCAGGAGAGAUUCGAUCAGGUUCCGAAGAUAUCUAUCAUGAGCAACUUGUCAACCUUUCAACACCGGAGCAUGACGGUUGUCCUGUUGAGUCUCGUCUCCAUGGUGGCUUGUUUCAUGUGGUGGGGAAAAUUGCCUAUUGGGUUUUUACAAAUCGAAACGACCGAAUCCAAGGGAUUCCGUCCAGCAUGGGCUCCCCCGUUUUUGUUCCAAUCGGAAUGGGUAGAUAACACCGAUGAUGAGGUGGAGUUCACAGGAGAUGACGACAAUUACAAAGAGGGAGAACGAAUCCGUUCCAUGGACAAGAUGGAAAACAAAAAGCGCUUAAGAAACAAGAAUGCUUCCAACAGUACCAAGCAAAACUUUGCCUUUGAAAACUACAAGGAACGUCCUAAAAUUGUCUGGCUGAUGAGUUAUCCCAACAGUGGGACCAGCUACACCAUGACCAUGGUAUCACGCGCGUCCAAUCGAGCCAUUGCUUCCAACUAUGGACGUGAAGUCACGGAACCUCCCACAUUCAAUACGCCUCUCUAUCCAGGGGAAGACUGGAGCUGGAAUGGACCUUUCUACAAACCAGAUCCACGAAAGCCAUUGCCGGAUGACUAUGUCCUCGUCAAGACUCAUUGUGGUGGCCGCUGCACUUUGUGUGGUCCCGAUCGCUAUGUCAUGACAGAAAAGGACUUUUUUGAUGAAUGUCGACGAGGCAGUGGUCUCUUCCCCAAAGAGGUUCAAAAACGAGUGAAGGAGAUGCAGCCGCCCAGUUCUUCCAAUGCUUUAUCCUCCACAGUCCAUGAAGGAUUCCAAAUUGUACACUACAAUGCCAGCCUUGUCAAGAAAGCAAUCCACCUAUACCGAAAUCCAUUUGACAACAUUGUCUCGAGAUUCCAUUUGGAACGCAUACACUGGGCAGCCAAAAAGAUGGAACGAGAAAUCAAGCGAUACACCAAUGAUGCUGAAGGAUUCCAACGAUGGUGCAAAGAUUCGAAUGCCGAAUAUGGCCCCAAACCCAACAAACCAAACAAGUUUCUUCCAAAAGAUGUAGUACGGCUCAUGCAGGGUGUUCCCUGUCAUGGAGAAAUCUACCGAUAUACCCAAUGGCAUAAUCUGGCCAAUGCUGUUAUCAACCACAACAACAAAACAAAUCUGAUAAUCCACUACGAAAACUACGACAAGAAGUGGAACGAAACUGCCGGCAAGAUUCUGGAUUUCUUACACUUGGAAAUGCAAGGGACCAACAAGGACUUUAGCGCACGGCACGAUUAUGAUCCAUACUUUACUCCGACCCAACGGAGUGCCGCAAAGGCGCUCAUGCAACGGGUGGCUACAAAGGCUGUCUGGAGGCAACUUGAACGAUAUUUUCAGGAUGUUCCCUAAAGGGUGGAAAGUUAUAAACGCCCUAACGAAUGCAUCCAAUUGGCAAGCACUGGCUGAAGUAGAAAACAACACCUUAUGCUUUUUAACUUCUUUGCAAUUAUUUGAACGGGUACAACUGACU